AUGGCCGAAGAGGAGGUGGCAGGCAUGUCCGAGAUGGACACAGACAUGCCUGCCCCUGAGGCUGUGUAUGCUGAGCCAGAACAGGAGGUGCAGCUCACACAGCCUGGGAAGGGGAACUCAGAUUCGCUGUCUGAGGGUGGGCCUGACUCACCACCACACAUUGAACAAACUGCUGCCCCCCACCAACCAUACAGGAGCUUCUGUUGGCCAUACAAGAGCAAGGCCAAAGAAGAGAUGAAUUCCAAAACAGAUGUUCCUGGAGCUCACCUCAACUAUCAGGCCACGCAUGCGUUGUUAGGACAUGGAUAUGGCAACUCAUUGAAGAUAGCUGGAGUAAAAGGUGGGAGUCAGUGCAGUGCAGUGAUCCUGUACCCAGAAUAUGGGCAAGCUACAAGAAUCAGAGUAGCUGUAGGAAGGAGACAAGGACAUGGAGUACUGAUCCCCAAAUCCCGGUGCAAUGACAUAUGUCUUCCUGGGUACAGAAAAGCUUUUAAUGGAGGAUUUCAUGUCUGCUGCUAUGACUGUGUCCCAUGUUCUGAGGGAGAAUUUUGUAAUACAACAGAUUGUGAGAUCUGCUAUAGAUGUCCUGAUGAAGAGUGGCCGGAUGAGAGAAGAGUGAGAUGUGUACCCAAAAUAUAUGACUUUCUGUCCUAUGAAAAGGACAUUGUGGUGCAAAUAUCUGCAGUAACAGCUUCAUCAUUCUCUGCCAUAACAUUAUUUAUAUUAGGGAACUUUAUUUAUUACUGGGACACCCCAAUUGUGAAAGCCAAUAACCGGGCUGUAAGCUUCAUUCUCCUGAUCUCCAUCUUGCUGAGCUUCCUCUGUGUGUUCUUGUUCCUCGGACGACCGGUGGAUAUAACCUGCAGACUCCGACAGAUGUCUUUUGGGAUCUUCUUCUCCACAGCUGUCUCUUCUGUAUUAGCCAAGACUGUCACUGUCUUUAUUGCUUUCAAAGCCACCAAACCCGGCAGUACCUGGAGGAAGUGGGUAACACUCAAAGUAUCUAAUUAUGUGGUCAUUGUGUGCUCCUCUGUCCAAACUCUGAUCUGUGGUAUAUGGCUGACUGUUUAUUCUCCCUACCAAGAGUAUGACCAUCACUCCUAUAAGGGAAUGAUCAUCGUUCAGUGUAAUGAGGGGUCAGUGAUUGGGUUAUACUCUAUGUUGAGUUACAUAGGGAUCCUGGCAUCUGUGAACUUUGUUCUGGCUUUCAUGGUGAGGACAUUACCGGACAGCUUCAAUGAGGCCAAGUUCAUCACCUUCAGCAUGCUGGUGCUCUGCAGUGUCUGGAUUGCAAUGAUCCCGGCCUAUCUGAGCACCAAAGGGAAAUACAUGGUGGCUGUGGAGAUAUUUGCCAUACUGACCUCAUGUGCCGGUGUUCUGGGCUGUAUAUUUUUCCCAAAGCUGUAUAUUCUGCUUAUAAAACCUGAAUUUAACUCUAGAAAAACAAUACUGGGGAAAAACACUUUAUAA